CCCUCAUCACAUUAACCCCAGUUGCAAUCAGUAAAGCUGCACGGUGAAAAACAUAACAAAUACCAUCAACGUAGACUUAUUCAGAUAACUAAAAAGAAAAUCUAAAAGACACCUACGAUGUUAUCGAUUCUAUACGUCUGUAUACUCCCUUCUCUGACCCUGGCUGCUUACUCGAAAUUUGCUGACUGGGACUUCGACCAAGAUGGGCACAUCUCAGAAGUCGAAAUUAUGUACCGUCUUUCUAUAAUUACCCGGACGUCUACAAUUAUGGAGAAAGUUUUUUCGAAAAAUUGUGAAAAGAUUACCGAACUAAGGCCAAAAUGUUCAUCCAUGUGGAGCAAGUUAGAUAUUAUCAGUGACGACAUUCUCAAUAUACGAGACUGGCAGUUUAUUCCUCUAUACAGUUAUGAUACAGAAGUGAAAUUACAUGAAAAAGAUUUUAAUGAAAUGGAAUCGCUUGUGCGUUUUCAUAUAAAUUCCAAUUCCACUACCACUAAGAAAAAGGCUACUGCAGAUAUCAUUCGACCACCCACGAACUGUAUCACCAUGCAUCAGCCGUGCACAAUUCAUGAAUCUCAGAUGUGGAAAUACAACAACUUGAAAUGUUGUAGAUAUUUAAGAUGCAGAGCAUAUACUUACAAACAUGGAGACUACAGAUGCGAGGACGAUGUAAGUGAUCAAGUUGUGCAAUCGUGGGAGACGUUUCGGUGUUUUAUUGCCAAAAGAUUGUUUCAAAAUUAUGAAAAUUUAGAUUUUUGCUCACUAAACUAAAUGCAUGGGUCAGCGAUGUUAAAAUAGGACAAUUAAACUGUCAAUU